AUGCAGGCUUUGGUGAACGCCUUCAUGCGCUGCCUCUCCUUCCUCCUGCCUCCUUCUUGGCUGUGUGUCAGCUUCUGCUGCUUGUGGGCUGGAAAUGACUGCGAGGAGACGCAGCCGCGGCCCAAUCCCAGAGCUCGUUUCAAGAGCAGAAAGCCUCUUACAUAUGAGGAAGUGGCAGCGGCAGUAGCAGCAGCAGCGGCGGUAGAAGCACACGGAGGCUCCAGCCCGUCGCUCCCUCCCGCUCCAGGCUGCGUCUCGCCGGCUGCUGCGACCCCCGCCGCUCCUCAGGGCCCCGCGCAGGGUCGGAUCCGGACCGGGGGUUUCUGGCGAGCUGUGGAGCGCGUCUUCGGAGCCCCUUGGGUCGUUCUCCGCCAUCACUGGUGCCCAAAGAAGCGUCGAGCAGCUUUGCGCACCCCGUAUCCUGCGUGCGCCUUCGACGGGAGCGAGAUUACAGGCUUGCCGGAGGAGGAGGGCGCCGCCGCUGCUGCUGCCACCGCGACAGGCGAGGACGGGAAGCCACCGGGUGGAAGCACCUCCACUGAUCCGGCAGACAUGAGCAGCUCCGUGGGGAUCCCCAGCCUGAGUCCCGCGGAGUGCGCCCCGGAUGCGUCGGCGGAGCGGGGCGUCGAUGAGGUCAUUACCGUGGAGCAGCUCUCCCAGGAGAUGGGCACGGUGACCAUCACCGUGGCCAUCCAGGCGGCCGAGGAUGAGGAGCCCGAGGAGGUGUCUCACAACCACAUCGACUUCCUCGGAGGCAGCUGCAGCGAGGACGAACUGGGGAGACACGACAAAUCCAGUGGCGCCGGGACCAGUGGAGGAGAGCUGGAGGAGGAGAGCUGGCAGCCCCCGGACCCGGAGCUCAUCCAGAAGCUGGUAACGCAGAUUGAGUACUACCUGUCGGACGAGAACCUGGAGCACGACGCAUUCCUCCUGAAACACGUCAGACGCAACAAACUCGGGUUCGUCAGCAUCAAGUUGCUCACCUCGUUCAAAAAGGUGAAACAUUUGACUCGUGACUGGAGAACAACCGCUUAUGCUCUGAAGCACUCGAAGAUCCUUGAGCUCAACGAUGAGGGCCGGAAGGUUCGCCGUAAAUCUGCAGUGCCGGUCUUUGCCAGCGAGUCGUUGCCGAGCCGCAUGCUGCUGCUGAGCGAUCUGCAGAGGUGGCCGGAGCUGGCAGCUCUCACCAAGGAUAACGGAAAGGGCGAAGGAGGAGCCACUCAGCAGGAGCAGCUAAUGAAGCUGCUGCUGAAGGCGUUCGGUACAUACGGGGCCAUCGCCUCCGUCAGAGUCCUGAAGCCCGGAAAGGACCUGCCGGCAGACCUGAAGCGGCUGAGCGGCCGUUACAGUCAGCUUGGCACAGAGGAGUGCGCCAUCGUGGAGUUCGAGGAGGUGGAGGCCGCCGUCAAAGCUAACGACGCUGUGGGGAGCGAGGACGGGGGCGCCAGCUCGCUGGGGUUGAAAGUGGUCCUGAUCGGCACCAAGCCGCCCAAGAAGAAGGUACCCAAAGAACGACCGCGCGAGGAGGGAGGCAUGCGCAAAAGCCGCUCCCUCAACAGCCGAGUGCGAGAGCUUCAGUACCACGGGGACGACUCCGCCUGCAGCUCCUCGGAGACGGAAAGCACCCCCACUUCACCCAGGCUGGCAAGAAAGUCCCAAUCCUGCAACAAGCUCAGCCCCACCACCGCAGGAAUCAGCUUCCAGAACAAUCACCUGAGUCCGGGCAUGUCCCCGCGGAACAGCCCCUGGUCCAGCCCCCGCGGCAGCCCCUGCCCUCAGCGCAAGUCUCCACAUUCCCACAAGUCCCCCCUGGCCAGCGAGGGCAGAUUGAGCCCCGAACCUGGGCGGCGCUGGGCAGACUACUCCUCGGACAGUAGCCUCACCCCGUCGGGUAGUCCGUGGGUGCAGCGGCGCAAGCAGGUGGCGUCUCAAGAGAGCAGUCCGGUCGGCAGCCCCAUGCUGGGCAGAAAGAUCCAGAACGCCGACGGUUUACCACCGGGAGUAACGCGGCUGCCGAGGGGGCCCGACGGAACUCGAGGUUUUCACGGGGUCACCAUUGCCGAGAGGGGAAAAAGUGCCGCCACUCAGACUUGAUCUUCAGGGCCUCUUUAUGCAUCGGUCCCCCGCCCUCCUCCAACACCUCCUCAGAAUACAGUGAUAUAUCUGAAAUGUGGCCGUGUUGCUCAGCCCCCUCCCCCACCCCGCCCCACAGUUCAGACUGUGUAGAUAUAUUUUUGUUGAGUGCAUCAGUUCUGAGUCUUUGUUAUAUUUUUAUACGACAUUUUGAGUUACAUUGGUGAUUUACCGAUGGGAAAUUUGAGUGAAUGUAAAUUGAUAUUGCUUUGAGAGAAAACUUAAAAAUCCACAAAUGAAAUGGACCAUUGUCUCCUCCAUCGCAUAUGAACUUGUACGUGGAGCGAUCGAAACCGGUAGCUCACCCACUUUUUUUUUUCCUCUUUUUUUUUUUUUUUUUUUAAAUUUGGUGUCCUGUCUUGUGUGUAAAAGCUGGCAACUUUGUCUGUGGAUGGUGUGUACGUGGUGUAUGUGGCAUGGGCACAUGGGCUUGAUAGCAAUAUCACCAUAUGCCUUCUCUGUGUCUGUCUAUUUAAAAUGAGGCCAUAAUCGCUCCACUGCCAUACAGGCUGGACAAUUCAACAUGGACGUCCAUUAUUCUGUAGUUUUUAUGUAGCCUUGUUUCAUUGUAGUUUCGGUAUGCUUUGAUACUUAGUUGGUCGGGGCCUCUUGAGCCCUGUGAAUGUUUGGCAGGUCGCUGCUUUAUUUAUUUCCUUUCAGUCUUUUCUUUUUCUUUGCACAUCUAUUUCCGUCAGUCUAAACUCACACUGAGGUUCGAGGGAUGUUCAGGUCAGGCAAAAUAGAUGCUCCUAUGUUCUUGCCUUUCACAUCUGAGCUGGGGUAUUUGUACAUUGCGAUUCCUCUUGUACAAAUAAAUCACAAAAAUUGCA